UUUGAUAACUAUUAGUGCAUACGUUUGUCUCUGUUGUUUGAGGAUGCAUGCGCAAUAGAUAAGCUGCACCAAGCAUCAAAGGAGGCAAUUUUUCAUACAAGAGAGAUUAAACAUCUGGAAUCAUUUCCUACAGGGGAAGUCUUUUUAUUGUUUCAUUUUUCCAACUUUAUGACGCAUGUUUGUACUUUCCCAGCAUCAACAUGAAUGGUACUUGUUGCUUGGCAGGGAAAAUCCAUCGCUGAGCCGUUCGUUCCAAUCUGCCAGUGGAGAGGAAUCGCAAUACCGGUUUCAACGGCUAAACCAACACCACUGCAAGCAUGCAUCUUCUGGGCAGAUUGCACAAGUGUGUGGGCUGCAUCUCAUGCACAAGAAUGCUGUACUGCUCCACACUUGUACACGGAAUAAACACAUCCGAACACAGUUCUAGCUGCGCUGCAUGUUGUCACUUUGGCAAUGAGUUUUCUACCAUUGCGUUUGCUUUCAUUUUUCAUCUCACGUCCGUAGCGUGUAUAGCGGAACAUCCCAUGAAGACGUUUUGAGUUUUAGAGACUGAAAGUGGCGCAUAAAAACAUAGCAUAAUGCUUACUGGCUACCGGUUGCUAGCGGACUCAUUCCACGCGUUUGCGCUGCUCUACCUGCUGUUCAACAUAUGGCGCACCAAGUCCUGCUUUGGCGUGUCCGGCAAAACACAGAUCCUGUACGUGACUGUGUUCGCCACACGUUAUGCCGAUCUCGUCACGUUCCCCGAAACCUACAGCGUCUACAAUGUGCUGAUGAAAACGCUCUUCAUCAGCGUGACGCUAAUAACCGUGUUGGCGAUGCACAGCUUCUAUCGGAAAACUUACGACCGGGAAAACGACACCUUCUACAAUGAGGUUCUGAUUUUGCCCUGCUUCGUGACCGCUCUGUUCGUGAACUAUCGCAUGGAAGCGUUUGAAAUAUUGUGGUCGUUUUCCAUCUUUCUCGAAGCGGUUGCCAUUCUGCCGCAGAUGGACUUAAUCUGCAAAACGUUCCAUGUGGAGCCAUGGUUCAAGUGUUAUCUGCUGCUGCUCGGUUCGUAUCGUGCACUCUACAUACUGCAUUGGAUCGAUCGGUACAGUCUUUAUGGGUUAUACGAUCCGCUAGCGUUCAUAGCGGGUGGCGUUCAAACGGUGCUAUUCGUGUUGCUGGCAUUUCGAAUUGCCACGCUAAAGCAUCGAGAGCGCAUCGUAACGGUUAGUACGAUCUGUUAGAGCAGCACAUAUGUCCCAGUUAAGUAAUGAUACGAAAAUAUUUCGUACACUUGUGCGGUAGUCUUAUAGGCAAAAUUACACCAAUUUCCAUCCACCUCGAAAUGUGCUCGGAUUUGAGAUCGAUUUCAAACUUUGGUUCUGUGCUUGGGUUGUAUGCAGUGUACGAGAGUGUGAAGAUAAGAUCUGAUCCAAUAAUUGAUAUUAAACGUUUCACUGUUACUCACAGAUAUCUACCGCGCAUAUCACCCGAUUGAUUCCAAUGUUUGUUGCAAAUAAUAAAAGUUGAGCAUUUAGCUAAA